GCUGGUGCGAUAAUAAAGCAUUAAGAGCCGUGCCUCUUUCAUUAAAGUAGAGUUGGGAAAUGUGAGCCCGCCCCUUUUCAGGAGUCAAAAAAAAGGAGGAAAAAAAUCGAUUAUUUCAUCUCGCACUGGGAGAGGAGAGGGUUUGGGGAAAGACUCGGUCGGGAUUGUGGGAAGGAACAGAAACAGCCUCUCUCAACAUCACCAUCACGCUCCAGACGUCCAGCAGUAGACCAGCACCAGCACCACCUCCACCAUCGCCGCUACAGCGCUUCACCGGGACCUCCUCCGCUCUCCGGCACCUCGCACAGAGACCAGGCGAAGCGUCCUCGCCGCCUCCUGAGCAGACACUGUCCGAUCAGAGAGAGAGAGAGAGAGAGAGAGAGAGAGAGAGAGAGAGAGAGAGAAGAGAGAGAGAGAGUAGUUUUCUCUGACAUUAUAGAGACUCCUACCGCGUACUGUAGGUUACUUUUUUCCCUCCCGGCGACGUCCUCUGCUAAGUUGCGCUCCUGGAUUUUAAGUGCGUCUUGGCGAAGUCCGUCACCAUCAAGCAGCGGCUUCAACCUUCUUGUCAAUCGGCCGGGCCAAACGACCGGCGGACCGCUUGUUGUAUUUUACUUAACCCGGACAAGAUUCCAUGCGAAAUAAAGUACGGAUGCUGGAAUCUUUGAGUUGAUUGGAACAAAUAGAAAUCAGAAAAAAGACAGAUAAAGAAAGAGCAGAAGAGAGAAGAGAAAGAAGAAGAAAGGAGAGAGUGAAGAAAGCAUAAAGUUCUUCAGAAAGAGGAGAGAAAGAAAGAGACGGGGACGAUGGGGAGGAAAAAGAUUCAGAUCACGCGGAUUAUGGAUGAACGCAACAGACAGGUGACAUUUACAAAGCGAAAGUUUGGCCUGAUGAAGAAGGCGUACGAGCUGAGCGUGCUGUGUGACUGUGAGAUUGCCCUGAUCAUCUUCAACAGCACCAACAAGCUGUUCCAGUAUGCCAGCACAGACAUGGACAAGGUCCUGCUUAAAUACACGGAGUACAACGAGCCCCAUGAGAGCAGGACCAACUCCGAUAUCGUGGAGACAUUGAGAAAGAAGGGCCUAAACGGCUGUGACAGCCCAGACCCCGACGCAGACGACUCGGUCGGCCACAGCCCCGAGUCCGAGGACAAGUACAGGAAAAUAAACGAGGACAUUGAUCUGAUGAUCAGCAGACAGAGACUGUGUGCAUUGAGCAAGAAGGAGAACAAAGGCGGCGAGAGCCCGGAGCUCGAGUCCGCUCUCAUCCUCACCCCACGCACUGAGGAGAAGUACAAACAGAUUAAUGAGGAGUUUGAUCACAUGAUUAAAACUCAUAAGAUUCCUCAGGCCGUGCCCCCAUCCAACUAUGACAUGCCCGUGUCCAUUCCCGUUAGCAACCAGAACAAUCUCAUUUACAGUCAUCCCGGAGGUUCCCUAGGCAAUCACAACCUGUUGCCACUGGCGCACCAUGGCCUACAGAGAAACAGCAUGUCUCCUGGAGUUACUCACAGACCCCCCAGUGCAGGUAAUACAGGUGGCCUCAUGGGUGCUGACCUCACCACUGGCGCAGGCACCAGUGCUGGAAAUGGAUAUGGGAACCACCGCAACUCACCAGGUCUGCUGGUCUCUCCAGGUGGCAUGAACAAGAACAUGCAGGCUAAGUCUCCCCCACCCAUGAACUUAGGCAUGAACAACCGCAAACCCGACUUGCGUGUGCUCAUCCCCCCUGGUGCCAAGAACAACAUGCCCUCCAUUAACCAGAGAAUAAACAACUCUCAGUCUGCGCAGUCAUUGGCCACCCCAGUGGUAUCAGUAGCAACUCCCACUCUACCAGGACAAGGCAUGGGCGGUUACCCAUCUGCCAUCUCUACUUCUUAUGGUACCGAGUAUUCGCUGAACAGUGCAGACCUGUCCUCCCUGUCCGGUUUCAACAGCGGCAGCUCCCUUCACCUUGGCUCAAUGAGCGGGUGGCAACAGCAACACCUUCAGAACAUGCAGCAUUCAGCCCUUGGCCAGUUAGGAAAUUGCUCUAGCUCUCACUUAUGUCAGGGUUCAAAUCUCUCCCUGCCCUCUGCUCAAAGCCUGCACAUCAAGUCCGAACCUGUUUCUCCUCCUAGAGAUCGCACCAGCAGCACGCCGGGGGGCUACGGUGGAGGGGUACCACCUCCCCAGAACCCCUCGUCCCGCCAGGACUCGGGACGCUCCCCUGUUGAUAGCCUGAGCAGUUGUAGCAGCUCCCACGAGGGCAGCGACCGUGAUGAGCACAGGAAUGAGUUCCACUCACCUCUGGGACUGGCUCGGCCCGCUCUGGACGAGCGCGAGAGCCCCUCCAUCAAACGGGUGCGCCUGUCAGAAGGAUGGGCGACAUGAUAGCUCUGUCCUCUCCCCGGCGGUGCCCCGUGUUGCCCCGAGCUCCCGACAACGCAGCGUUUCAAUGCUCCCAAAGUCAACUCCCUCCUCUUCCUCCUCUCACUCGAUAUCACGAGUCACCCACCACGCAACCCCAUGGCCUCCCUCCUUUUAUCUCUUUAACGCUGAAGGAAAAAAAGGGACAGCCCCUUUCAAGAAUAUGUUUGUAAUUUCUUUUCCUUUUUAAUUUUCUUUUUUUCUUUUUGCUGAGUGUGCUAUACAUAUUGACAUUAUAUAAAGCAGUGGGGUGUUGUAAUGGGGGUUUGGGAGGGUGGGUGUUGGAUGGGAUGGGAUCUGGGGCUAUUUUUGUUGGGGAACUAUGCAUUAAUUGUAUUGUGUGUGGCUAAAAAGAAUCAUGUAUGCAUAUAUCUUUACACAUGUGUGUAUGUGUACAUAUAUGCAUAUCAACAAAUAAACAAAAAAAAAUAGUCAGGUACUCUGUUUCAUACAACUUACUUACACUUUGCCUCAGCGAUAUAACAGUGACUAGAGACAAGAAAAAAAAGAAAAACUUAAAAAAAAAAACAUUAACAUGAGAGUGAGUGUGUCCAGUGGAAGACACCUUAGCACUUGAGUUGGACAAACAAUACAUGUGUACAGUGUCAGUUUCAUUGCUAUAUACCUUCUCUGCAGUUCUCCCUUGCAAAAAUGUGUGUUAACAUUAGAUGAUGUCAUGUUGCAGGUUCAACGUAUUUAUGUAAAUAGAGGGUCAAGGGAGGGGGGGAGGGGCCGGGGUCAAAAGUUGCCAGACAUUACAAGAUUUAUUUACUCACUAAAUGAAAAAGCUAUUAUGCAACAUUUGAAGGAUUGUACAGGUCAACAGGCAGACCCAAUGUUAGACGUGUGGAACCUUUGAUUUUAACGCUCCCCUUAAGGAACGGAGCCGAGCGAGGACCACCCUUUGAUCUAAGAGCUACAUUAGUGUAAUCGAGAAAACUCUGGAUCUAGUAUUAAUAUUCAGUGUUAAUAAACAAACAAAAAAAAAAGGAAAAAUAAAAAACAAUUGUACGAUACACUUGCUUAUAUUUUCAUAUGAAAGGAUUACAAUGCAAAGCAUUUUUGUGGCUUUUUGUAGUUUCUAUAAGCCAGAAUGUGUUUUUUGAUAGCUUUGCUAAUAAGAGAUGGUUAGUUCACCCAGAGGGGAAAUGACAGGGCUCUGAAGCCCUAAGCCAUGAAAAACAGACUGAGAUCCAAUGCUUUGCUGAACUGUUUUAUCUUUGUAGAGGUUUGUUUUUAAACGUGUAUUUCUAAUUAUAUAUAAUAAUGGUAAUAUUAAGAAUCUUUAAAAAAAAAUCUGUGAAAUUAACAUGCUUGUGUAUAGCUUUCUAAUAUAUAAAUAUAUAUACUAAUGAUUUUUGUUGGUUUCUUAGUGGAGUUUCUAUGUGCAGUUGCACAUGUUGUCUGGUUUGUUUAAUUUGAACCCUGAACAGAGCUGUUCAGGGGUGUAUUUAGUCUAACCUUAAAAACCAGCUGGGAAGCAUCGCCAGGGUUUGUGUGAUGGAGGGCAGGACAAGCCUGAAUGCUGAAAAUCAACCUGUUAGUGGAAAAUGUCAUGAGACUGGAACUGAGGAUGACACAGAGAUAAAUGUUGACUCACGGUGUACGUGAUUGUCUCACUGAUGAGGAAAUAUUAUUAUUGUCUGUGCAAUUCAAUGCAUCUGAUGACUUCAUUCUUAAGUGUAAUGAUCUAAUUUAACAGUCAAAGUGUAACAGCCUAAUUUAAGAGUCAAGCUCGCGUUUCUGACAUCGAUGAUCUGCUCCGUCACAGAUCUUCACCACAAUUUUGGCUCGUUCUCGAAAUGUUCCACAAACCGAGCCGCAGUCCACUCAGUUUUCCUUUUGGAUCAUAUUUAUAUAAUUUUGAAAGCGCAUUGUGAGUAAGUAUCCCCAAUCAUUUGCGAAUUUGAAUCGCUUCUGUGUCAUCCUGUGACUCCUCAUGUUCCACUCUUCAGGACAGGAUUCCACAUCAUUUACCACAUGUCACUGACAGCUCAUUGUCAGACACAAAAAGACAAAAAUGAUCAUGCUGGUAUGAAAGAAGCACAAUUGUUUAUUUUAAAUAAAUAGCUGUUUUGAUUUUCUCUUUUUUAAACAAUGAAACUAGCCACAUAUCUCUCUGCCUCCCACUCCCGUAUCUGCUGUCACUUAAGUGUUAUGAUAUUUCUAUGUGCAUAUUUCAUGCAGGUUCACUAUGUUGUUACUGUAUACAGUCUGUGUAGUCAAACAGGGGCAGAGCCUCUAUAAUGGUGUUCUUCUCUUUUUUUUUUUUUUUAAUUCAAUACAAAAAGGCUGAGAAAAAAAUAAACAUGAUGUUUCAGGCAGCGUAAGUGUGGAGAAACCAAAGCCAGUGGCAUUUCUGUGUUGUAAUCUGAACUUUUAUUUUCACAUUCAUUUAUGGUUUUUGCAAGCAUUGAAACAAGACAAUAAAAGAAUUUGUUCAAAUGUA